GUCCAUAAACUAGUUCGCUGGGCCUACAAUGACUGAAAGAUACGAUCAGGAAGAAGAAAUAAUGAACGGAAAGUGUAAUGCGGCAUAUGAUUUGUCGCGCAAGAUGGCACCCUUUUUUGACAUCCAUAUUAUGCUUUUUAUCUUUAAUUGGCUAGAGAAGACAAACAUAUCCUAUUUUCAAAGAUGGAGAUAG